AUGAUGGAUGAUGAACAAGAAGAAGAAGAAGAAGAAGAAGAAGAAGAGGAGGAGGAGGAGGAGGAGGAGGAGGAGGAGGAGGAGGAGGAGGAGGAGGAAGAUGAGACAACGGUGGCAGACUGUCCGAAAGGGCCCACCCUAAACCAAAAGCAGCUCUGCCAGCCGUCCCAAAAGGGAAUCAGUCGCAAGGCAGGGCGGUCUGGACGGCCUGGGCCAAGCCAAAACGCAGCAAAGAAGACCAGACGACGACUGGAAGAUAGACAGGGCCCCACAACUGGUUUACUCACUGUGGUCACGAAGGCACGGUGGGAAUAUCUCUACGGCAACGGAGCACUCUGGUUCGUCGAGGAUGGGAAAGGCGAGCUCGACAGUCUUCUGCGGGGUUCUCUUCACAUCUUGAAUUGCUUGGGAGGGGAUGAAUAA